AGGGCUCUUGAGUGUGUUUUCUAUCUUCUUCUGGAGUUUAACUGAGAAGUGAAUUGGAGGUGUAGAGAAAAAAGAGAUGCCGAAGAGAACAACACACACGUACUCAAGUGAAGAUGCAGCACCAGAUGGUCCAGAAUCUGAUCUCUUUGUUUAUUAUUGUAAACAUUGUGGUUCUCAUGUUCUAAUCACUGAUACGCAGUUACAGAAGAUGCCAAGGCGGAAGACUGACAGAUCAUCUGUGUUGGAUAAACAGAAAUAUCUCGCUAGGCUCAACAUUAGUGAGGCAGGAAAAGUUCUUUUGAAGCGUGGCGAAGGAAAAUUGGAAAAGCAAUUCCGUAUGGCUUGUAUUGGUUGCGGACUUUUUGUUUGCUAUCGCUCAGAAGAAGAUUUGGAAUCAGCUACUUUCAUUUAUGUGGUUGAUGCUGCACUUAGUUCAGUUGCAGCUGAAACCAAUCCACAGGAUGCUCCUGUUCCACCCUGCAUAUCACAAUUAGAAGGUGGUCUUGUUCAAGUGGCAAUAGAAGUAGAAGACCGUGCUCAACGUUCUGCCAUUACAAGGGUAAAUGCUGAUGAUGUUCGGGUAGCUGUUGCUGCACCAGCUGCUCGUGGAGAAGCAAACAACGAGCUGUUAGAAUUUAUGGGCAAGGUGCUAAGUCUUAGGUUAAGCCAGAUGACUCUUCAGAGAGGAUGGAAUAGUAAAUCCAAACUUCUUGUGGUGGAGGACUUGUCUGCCAGAGAGGUAUAUGAGAAGCUUCUCGAGGCUGUGCAACCUUGAAGCUUUUCUCUACAUAAUCAGUACAGCAUACAACCUUGCUUGUGGAAUAUGACGGGUAUCAACCUUCUACAUUAUUCCCUACUCUACUGCUACUUGUGGUCAUGCCGUCAACUUGGUUCUACAACACCAAUUUAUCGUGUGUAGCAUGCGGUCUAUCAGAGCUCUGCUGAAAUUGUAUUUUGAUAAUGACCCUAAUUUGUAACCAACAGACAUGAUAAUUCAUUUGAUCUGAAGAAGCACUUUGUAUGCAAUAUUUACUUUUCAAGGUUUAAAGACGGGUAACAAUUACUCGAGUGAGGCGAAUCACCUAAUUUUUGGUAUGUUCCUGA